GUGGAGGAAUUUUAUCAGCAAUGUGACCCCGGUUAGCUUGGGAUCUUCCGCAUUUGAUAUCUGUGUGAAAAAUCCAUUACGUGAUUGUCGUCUCUUCGCUCGGCUGUGUUUUGCUGCUUUGUUUGCUUUUUUGACCGGAUUUGGUUGGUUUUGAUUUUUAAUUAUCAUUUGCAUGCUCUUUUUCAGUAAUGUUUUUACGAAGGGUGAACAUUUAUGUGUUAGAAACAUUGUACAGAUUAGCAAAUUUGUACUAGCAAAUUUGUACUGUUUGUGAUGGUGACCCAAAUGAAAACUUUUGUAAAAUUUGAGAUGAUAAUAAGGCAUUAAAUACUACAACAACAACAUUCCCAGUAUAUUCCCACCAAAUUUCGGGGUUUGUGUUUUGGGUCAAAGGACAGAAGAAUAUGUAGGAACUUUAUGACUGUCAUUUCAAGUGGCAAUGUAACACCUUCUUUUUGUUUUCUUUUCAGUAUAUUCAAGCAGUUACUUACUGGGUAGUCUGUUUUUUGGUCUUGACUUUUAUUUUGAGUUAGCUGUGCUGUCCUAUGUCCUGUGUAUAUAUAGACAUUUUUUUUUUUUAGAUUUAAUGUGUUUCAAUUGAGACUUUUUGUCCGGUAAAUAUGCCAUCCAAUUCAAUAGUUAGAGUUGUUUGAUAGGGUAUUCACUGCUUGCUUCUAGAGCUGUUCAUAACGCUUCAACAACAUUUUUGUCUGAGUUUGUUUUAUUCAUAAGUGCUGUUUCCUCUGUCUGUACUGUGCGCAAUGUGAAUUCAUUGUGAGAGGAAAAAACUUUCAAUGAAAAUAUUUUGGACACGUGAGUUGUGGGAGAUGAGUGAAUAAUAACUGUGGCGUUAUCUGCUAAAUGGCUGUCCCUCAUGAUGUGACUCUAGCAAUCAAUCCCUAGACGUGUAAAGUUUUCAUAGCUUGGAGUUAUUGGUCUAACUUCUUUUAUGGACUUCAUCUUUUGGCUUUGAUUGAAUAGGUAUUGCAAAUGUUGGGAUCAUUGCUUUUAUUAUUGACUUAAGUCUCAAAUUGUUAAAUUUUUAUGUAGUCUAGUUCAACAUUUCAGAAAACUCUCAUAGUUUUCAUAGUCAACUUUAUAAAUUUCGUGUUAAAAGAUUGAAGUUAGUGCUUGAUUUGCGCUUAAAAUGCUUUUUGCACAAUAAAAAUAUGUGUGAAUCAAAUAUUUUGUUUUGCCUUCCUUGUGAAAAGUAUAUAUAUAUAUAUAUAUAUAUUAGUAACUCGAACAGAGUUUUUGUUAUGUGACCAGGAGGUCAUGGGUUCAAGCCUUGGAAACAGCCUCUGGCAGAAAUGCAAGAAAAGGAAAACCUCUGCCUCUAUGGAUUUUCAAGCGAGCAGUGGGAAGUCAAUUUGCCUGCUGAGGAGGUGCCUCCAGAGCUUCCUGAGCCAGCAUUAGGUAUAAACUUUGCAAGAGAUGGGAUGGCGGAAAAGGACUGGUUGGCUCUAGUUGCUGUCCAUGGCGAUGCAUGGCUACUCUCCAUUUCUUUCUAUUUUGGUGCCAGAUUUGGCUUUGAUAAAGCUGACAGGAGACGUCUUUUCAACAUGAUGAAUAAUCUGCCAACAAUAUAUGAAGUUGUUACUGGAGUGGCCAAGAAGAAAGUAAAGGAUAAAUCAACAAUUUCAAAUCAUAGCAGCAACAAGUCAAAGUCAAAUUCUAAAGCGGGUAAAUACUCAAAGCCGCAAGUAAAUGAUGAGGAUGAUGGAUUUGAUGAGGAAGAUGAUGAACAUGGCGACACUCUGUGUGGUGCAUGCGGUGAGAACUAUGCUUCAGAUGAAUUCUGGAUUUGCUGUGACAUAUGUGAGAGGUGGUUCCAUCGGAAGUGUGUUAAGAUCACCCCCGCCAGGGCGGAGCAUAUAAAGCAGUACAAAUGCCCUUCAUGCAGCAACAAAAGAAUAUGUCCGUGACAUCCCAUAUGAGAUAUGUGCUGAGUUCCACAACUUGUAAUUCUGUUCAUGUUGAACUCAGCUCGUUGCCAUCUUACAAUAUCAGCAAGGCAUGUGUAGUCAGAGUUCUAGUCUCUUUUACUUAUGUUUAUCAGGGUGCUUUACUAAUUUAGUUCCCUCAAGGUACACCCUUUUGUUUAAACUCUAAAACAAUUGAAUAUUUAGGGAUCUUAAUCUCAUAGGAUGCCUCUUUCAGUAUCAGUGCUAACUCAAUGCACUUCAUCAUGCCUCUU